AUGGAAAUGUUUAACAAAUUGCUUAUAAUAAACAGAAUUAACGUCAAGCAAGCUGCAAUUACCUUAAAUUCAGAAAUAGUCAAAUUUCUAACUGAUAUUGGAUAUAGUACAGCCUUUUAUUUGUUUUUCAAUUCUUGCAGAUUGCAGAAGAGGAUAUGCAAUAGUUCAAGUGAAGUAUUGCAGUUAGGCACGAGUUUACCUUUGAGCUUGACAACAUUGAACCAGGAGAAGAAAACUGAAUAG